AUGUCCCAAAAACAACAAAUUCUUGAUAAACAACUACAAAAUUAUUAUUAUGAUGGACAUUCUGUUCGGCAAUUUCAGCAAGUACAACAUUCGCAGGUUCAAAAUUCCGAACAGCGACAAAUUUAUGCGCAACAAAUUAAUAAUCCAACCCAGCAAAUUUUUCAACAACAAAUUCAACAAACUCAACAAACUCCAAAUAUUGAUCAAGAAAUCAUUCCAUUCGAUAAUUCAUUAUCAAUUAUUGCAACAAGUCCACCAUUUCAAAAAGUGACUGGUAUCAAUAACAAUAAUGACAUGCUAUCAGCGCAAUCUUUACCACAACAACCCCACCAAUUAGUUUAUGUUAAAAGUAGCUCGCAUACAUCGUCUUCACCUUCGACUAAUAACGAUAUUAGUAAUAAUUUUAAUGGUCUAUGUUUUAGUAAAACUCUCAUUAAGGAAGAAAAGGCUGUUGUUGCUUUAACUAAUGAAUCAAAGAAUCCUGAAUUUGUAAAAUUGGCCAUUGAUGCUAGUCUUGUUAGUCAUACUUCUAUUACUGCUGCGGCAGAAUGUAGUAAAUCCUUUUAUAAAUUUCUUAGAAAAUGGAUUCACCCAAUACAUUCAUUAAGUGAAUGGACAAAAGAAACUCCUGAAAUUUCCAUUAAAGAAAAUAAAGUAACUUCAAAUUAUUUUUGGCUAUGGAAUUAUAAGAUGAAAAUACAUGAGCAAAUGAAUGUUGGUAAUCGUUUACAAAAUGAAAAGUUGUUUAUUUAA